GCCACCCCGAUCUAUUUAUAGCCAGACCGGUCCAGACCAUUAAGACCGGUCCGACCAUGGUCUUGAGAAAUCCUCAGACCAGACCAAGUCUUGGCGGUCUAGACCAGACCAAGACCAAGUCAGACCAGACCAUUCCGAUCACUGGGCUCCAUUUCGGGCUUUUGUUCUUAGCUGCACUUGCUGACAUUCUAGUCCUACGUACCAAAAGCAAUUAUCUCCUAAGGGCCCACCAGGCCGGAAUUAGGUCACGAUGACGGGUAAUAGUCAAUUAAAAUGCAAAGAACAAGAGGUACUUCUACCGCCACCUAAAUUAUGUGGUGGUAUAAGUACCAGCAGGUCUCAUCAUUACAAAUCGGUACAUCGCGCACCUUGCACCUAUCCCAUCGAGUGCUAACUGACGCCAGAUACAAUGUGAGAUACGCAGCUAUACGAUGGGGUGAGUGUAUUAAGAUGUGGACCCGAAUGCGGUGAUGUUAUUGAUUGUCGACUUGAUAUUUCUGAUCAGUCUGUCAGGGAGGGGUUGGUACUAUUCCCCCUCCUUUUCUGGAUACAAGAAUAAUAUUGUGAUAAAGGAAAGUGGAGCCCAUUCCUGCUGGAUUAAUGAUAGCGCCUCGAUAAAAGAAACGUG